AUGCCGCUCAUCGACCGUGUCUACAGCCUGGGUCUCUUGAUCGACACCGAGCCUCCGACGCCCAAGACCCCAAAGAUCAUGCCCAAUGUUCGGCCAAAGCCAGCCGAAAAGGCGCCUGGCGAUGCCAGUCCGUCUGCCGUAGAGGGCAGCAGCACGUCGACCGAGGAGGCGGAUCUCACCAGCGAUUGCGAGACGCUAUCCUCAGUCGACAGCGAUAGUGCGUGCGACAGCAUCCACGACAGCGAGGACGACGACAGCGACUGGGCCGUGAAGACGCCGAAGCGCAUCGACCACGUGGCCGAACAGGGCCGGGCAGAGAAGUGUCGACGACAGUCUCGCUCGUCCGGACGAUUCCACGAGCUCAAACAGGCGGCUGUCGACGAAGACGCAUCUGCCGGGUUCCGACUUUGUGGAUUCAGCAACGGCAAGCGGGUUUACCGUCUUGAGUCGCCAUACACGAAGAAGCUGCGCGACUCGACGGUCCGGACGGCCGUCGGGCUCUGCUACAUGAAUCUUGCGGCCGUCUGUCCGCCAGCCGUGGUGGAGGUGCCGAGCAGCGAGGAUGACAAGGUCAAGCACGUCAACGGCGCCUUUGCGAUCCGGCCGUCCGCGCUGGGCGGUCUGGGGGCGUUUGCGCUGCGCGACCUCGCACGCGGCGAGCACAUCCUGGUGGAACGGCCUCUGCUGCGGACCGACUGCUUUCACCUGUGCGCCGAGCUGGAGCGGCUGUCUGCGCCACAGCGGGCGGCGUUCUACGCGCUGGCCGGCCACCAUCCGGACACGCGAGCAUCGGCAGCCGAGCGCAUCUGGACGGCCAACACGUUUAUGGCUGGCACGCUCGAGGGCGUCUUUCUGCUGGCGUCGCGCUUCAAUCACGCCUGUCCGCCGCUGAACAAUGUGCUCUACCGGUACGACCGGCGGCGGGACGUGCUGGUCAUGACGGUGGCACGCCGCAUCGAGAGCGGCACAGAGCUGCUGAUCUCGUACGGUAAGACGCCGGCGAUGCUGUUCCAGCGCUUCGGCUUCCGCUGCACGUGUGGUGCCUGUUCCGGAUUCAGCGAGGAGAUGGCCGCCCGGUACUGGGACAUGAGAUGGGCUCGCCCGCAUCAGCGCUCCUUCUCGCAUACGCAUCGACGCAUUGGAUCCGCCCCUUCGGAACGGCACGUCCAGAUCGCCAAGACAUUUGUUGCACACGCAAGACACGUCAUGGUCUGUCCGAUACGCACGCUGCAGGCCGGGCUGGCGCUCGUGGCAGCGGCAGCGGCGGGUGCCAACCUGUCGCUCUCGGCCUUUCUGGUGCCGCGGCUGCUGGAGUCGCCGCCGGCCGCGAUGCUGCGCCAGUGGCGCCGCAUGUACGAGUCCGGCCGGCUGGCCUCUGUGACCACCAGCGCGCUCUUCUCGGCCGCUCAGGUGGCCGUGUACCUGGUGCGCUGGCACGCCGCAGCAGCCGGCACCUCCUCUGGCAGCGGCCGGCCGUCGCGGCUGCCGCUGCUGGCUGCUGGCCUCGCCACCGCCGUCAUGCCCUACACGUUGACGGCUAUGCAGCGGACCAAUCGGGCGCUGCUGGCGCGCUCAGCCAAGGCCGAGGCUCAGACCCAGACCACGGACGAGACCGUCUACACGGCCCAGGAGAUCGCAUCGUCUCGCUACCUCGUCGACCACUGGGGCGUCCUCAACCUCGUCCGGUCUGCCCUCUGGUCGGCUGCGGCCACAGUCGGCAUCGCGGCCGUGCUGUAG